GGCAGGAAAAAAAAAAAAGAUGGAUUGGAUGGGCUCGAGGGUUUUGGCCCCCGACGUGAGCAGCACAGAACCUGUCUCUGCUCCCCGGAAUGGCGCACAGUCAAAGGAAGAUUAGGAGUGGCUGUGUGAGGUUCAGCUGGCAAUUUGAUUGAUGAGCUGUCGUACAGAUGGGCAAUUGAGCGGCGGGAGGACGGGGACAGGGAUUUGAAAGAGGAGCUCGGCGCGCAAAGGGGCGAAAUAGGCGAGGGAGGAGAGAGUGAUCGCGCAUCCUGGAAGCAGCCAGCGGCAUACUGGAACCAGGCGGUGAGGGGUUCGAUUCGUGUUAGUCUUUUCGCACGAGGAGGAGGAGAAGCAGGAGGUCUUUCUUUGAUUGGAGCGCAGAUGGGGUUAGGAGCGGGGAUGGCGUGUCACGUCUGCAAUCUAGUGGGGCAUCAGAGGAUUAACGGACAUUAGAGAGAGAGAGAGAGAGAGAUAGAGAGAGAGAGAGUUGAAGAGGGGUCGUUUCUUCUGGUUGUGUUAUCGGAGGGGGAGAGCGUAGGGGAGAGAGGGGAGGAGGUUUGUGUGUGUGUGUGUGUGUGUCGUCGAAGCUUUUAGCCAUGGCCGACUUCGACCUGGAGGAUGAGCUGCUGCAGGUGGCUGGCGGUGGCAGAUCGACCGGAGGAGGAGGAGGUGGGUUUAAGAGCCGCCGGCGUAGUGCGACCUUCACUUCGUCCUCGAGCGAUGACGAAGACGAUGAUGGGGGGUAUGCGAAGUCUGACGACGAGGACGAAGGGGAGGAGAGACGUGGUGGUGGCAGCGAUGGCGGUCGGGGGAAGGGGUCAAGGAUGCCGCUGAAGAAGCGGCUGGAAAUGGGAGACAAAGAUGAGGAAGGUGGUGGUGGUCGAGGAGAGAGGGACGAGGAGGAUGACGGCUCUGAGAGUGAGCUGUCAUUCGGCGAGAAUCUCUACAAAGAUGAGGCAGAUCGGCAGCGUCUGGACUCGAUGACCGAGCUUGACAGGGAGAUGAUCUUAACGGAAAGGGCGGAGCGGCGCGACAGCGUGAUGGAGCGGCGCAAGCUGCGCGAGGUGGCGCAAGCGCGCGAACGGGAGUCGUCGUUGCGCCGCCUCGGUGGCGGCGGCGGCCCCGAGCGGUCGUCCGUCCGGGGCGGGGCGGACGGUAGUAGGGAUAUCGACCGUCCGUUAGCAUUACGAGUCAGAUCCACCCAGGAACGCCAGAAGAAGAGCUUGUUAGAGAGCAUCGAGGCCUAUCAUGCGAACAAGGGGGGGGGGGGGGGGGGGGGGGGGGGGGAAAGGGGAGAAAAGGGGGGGGGGGAGGAGGGAAAGCGUCGGCUAACGGCGGCGGCCAUGGGGCGGGGGGGAAGCGGGGGGGCGAUGAAGGGUUCCCAGGAGACGUCGUCGUCUUCCUCCUCUUCCUCCUCCUCCUCCUCUUCUUCGGACGGAGGGGAGGGGGAGGGGGAGGACGCCAGCGACGACGAGGAGGCGGAGGGGCGGCGGAAAGAACCCAGCGGCGGGGAGGCAACGGUCGAUGACCUCAGGCAGAUUCUCGUGACACGUAAUCAACUUGAGAAAUGGUUCAUGGAACCCUUUUUUGAGGAGUCAAUGACCGGGGUGUUGGUCCGGCUGGGGGUGGGAUCUCACCACGGUCAGAACGUGUACCGCGUGUGUGAGGUGGUGGGGGUUGAUGCGCGGGACAGACUGAAGAUGUACGAUUUCGCGGGAAGGAAGACCUUCAAGUACCUCGAUUGCAAAUGGGGAGAAGCGAGAGGAAGGUGGGCUAUGUACAUGGUCUCCAAUUCCGCCGCGACGGAGAAGGAGUUUCAGCAGUGGUUCACGGAGCUGAAGAGAUUAGGGUUGAAGAGGAUGGCGAAGUCGGCGGUGAAGAUGAGGGUAGAGGGGCUUCACAAGGCGCGGAAGUAUGUGUACACCCCGGACGUUGUCAAGGGGAUGCUGGCGGAGAAGAGGCAGAUGAAGGGGUGGAGAGUGCGCAACGCGCCGGCGGAGAAGUCGAGGUUAAAGAAGCUGCUGGACUUGGCAGUUCAAGCGGGAGACGAAGAGGAGGCGGAGCAGUGGAGAGAGCAGCUGCGGGAACUGGAAAUGCAGGUGAUGACAACCCAGAACUCCGACGCCAAAGCUCUCGCUCUGGCGAUGAUGAACAAGAAGAACCAGGAGGAGAACUACCGCGCGUCGCUGGAGGCCACUCUACAAGUGGAUGCCAAGGCGGGGGACCAGAACUACGACCCCUUUUCGAGGAGAUGGACGAGAUCGAACAACUACAUAAAGACGAAGGCUGGCGAUCCGAAGGAGGAAGAUAUGAAGAAGAAGAAGAAGGAGGAAGAAGACGAAGCGGAGGCUAUGGCGGCAAAACAAGCGCGUGGGGGCGGAGAAGAUGCGGAGGAGGAAGAGAAGGUCGUUGCGGUUAUAACCCCCGCGCCGCCGCUCGAUGGAGGGGCCAUCUUGUUGAUGGCGCAUGACUUCGAUCUGCCGAUCUCUCUCGACCGAAUCCAGGCCUACGGAGGGCCGCAAGGAGCGGCCAAGGCCUUCAUGGCAAGAAAGCGGUUGAUGGAGACCAAAUUUGGAGUGCAGGUGGGGCAGAGUGAUGGCAGGUCGCACACGUUGACUUUGACCGUGCAUGACUACAAGCGAAGGCGAGGCCUCCUCUGACAGCCUCUGACAGGGCCGAGCGCUCUCUCUCUCUCUCUCUCUCUUUUUCUCUUUCUUACUCUCUCUCUCUCCUUCUCCGCGCUUUCUUUGUCUCUGCUGGUGAACUGUUUUCUCUCUGCGGGGUGGUGUCUUGCGACGCUCUGUGUGGAUUAUGGGGGGUCCUUUGUCCGCUGUUCUCUCUCCUCUUCCUGCUGCCGAAUCGUUUGAAAAUAUGAAAAGCAGAGGGAUCUGUCUGAUGGGUUCGACGGAAGAAGGCAGGAAGGCAGAGAGGAAGGCAGGGAGGGAGGGAGGAAGGCAGGGAGGGAGGGAGGGAGGGAGGGAGGGAUAAGAGCAGCGAGAGAACCACCCAUGCGAAAAGAGAGGACGGGUAGAAAACGGGAAAUGGAAACGCCAAAAGGGUGGGAAGGAGAACGGCGGCAAGCGACCGGUCGCCGGCGGCCUGUCAUCCUCCCUUCCUCUCCUCCGUUGUUUUCUCCCCCAAGUGAACCGCACAGCAUUCAACAGCCACCUCCGACUGCAGCUGAUUGCCAAUGAGCCGUCUGCUUUGCGAAUGGGAGGAGACGGACUAUUACUCAUCACUUUCGUCGCUCGCGGCUAUCUAUGAUUACUAGAAGGGCGCACAAGGACGAGCGCGCAUGUCCAUGGAAAACUCUGGCUAAUCGGUCUCAUUGCAGGCAGACGUUGCUCGGAGCUGUGUCUGGACUUGUUUGCCAGCCCUCUCGGCAAGUCGGUAGGGGGGUGAACGGUCUGAUUGGCAGCAUACAUAACACACACAGCGGACAAGUUCCCUUGUUCUUGCAGUUCACCUGCAACUCCCCAAACACGUAUCUGUUUGCGACUGUGCCUGAGUCUCUGCGUCUCUCCAAGCACUCAAGAGGCGGGCAAAGAAGGAAGAAACAGCAACUGGCAUUCCAAUGCUGGCAACUGAGUACAUUCGCAGAGGCGCAUACAUUUUGGAUUGGCGGGACCCCGGGACCACCACGACAUUAGCUUGACUGGCUGGACUGCGGGACCACCACGACAUGAGCUUGACUGACGGGACUGCAGGACUGCUGCAUGAGCUUGACAAAUCGCUGCUUGUUGCUAUUGUUUGUUUUGGAGUUUGUAGUUUUAACUGGCUUUGCCGCCCGUUGCUAUUUUUAGUUUCCGAGUUUGUAAUUUUAAAAUUUUAAACUGGCCAAAUUUUUGUCCUUUCGGAUCAUGUGGGUGCAUACUGCUUCGGACGGCACCUAACCAGUCAGUUGUACUGGCUAUCUGGGCAGAGAGGGGGGGGAGAAUAGGGUGUGUGGUUGAGGGCAGGAUGUUUUGUAAAGUUGAUAGUAGAAAGAAUCUGCAGUGUUGUUGAACCGUGUGGCUGAAUUGUACACACUUGUAACUAUUAAUGAACAGAUCAGGAGUGGAAAUUCUGUUAAUGAAAUCAGUUGAAUACA